CAGCACACACAUCCUGCUGGAUGUUCUGGAUUUAUGGUGGAACUUUUCAGGGUCUGAGCGUGAACUUGGCAGCAGGUCGUUGGGGCCACUGAGAGCAUUUGGAAGUGAUGUUCCAGACGAGGGAAGUGCUGAAGAUUGUGACCUCGGCAUUCCUCAUCGCCACUCUCAGCCAUGCUGCUCUGCUGCCCGCAUCACUGAACGUCUCAAUAUGCUCAGAGAACAUGAGGCACAUCCUGAGGUGGAGCUCCGUGCAGGAAACCUGCUGCUCCGUCAACUACACUGUCAAAUAUCAGGGUGAGUUCGAAUACAUGCAGAACGACAGCUGGCAGGAUGAACACUCUUGCUCUGAGAUCGUCCGGAAUGAGUGUGACCUGACCCUGGCCCUGAGCUCGGACUCCGAUUAUAAUAUCAGUGUGCUCACACGGUGUGAUGACUCAACACUGUGGACUCAGCUCCCGAAAACCUUCAACCGCAAAGACACUGUGCUGCUGGCUCCGAACAUGAGCGUGAAUCCAGGAGUCGGCCAAAUUGAAGUAUCCUUCAGCGAGCUCCAUAAUCAUAUCAAAAUAAACCUUACAGUUUGGAAGAAAGGGGAUGAGCACAAUUUCUUUAGUAAGGACGUAACAGGUCAAAAAGUCAAGAUUUUGGCUCAACCAGGUUACUGGCAGGGCGGCGGGAUGUACUGUCUGAAAGCGGAGGCGAAACUGGACAUCACCAACAAGACCAAGAGCACGGAGGUACACUGCGUCCACGUCCAGGCAGAACCUUUGUCGCUCGUACCGGUCGCUGUGGGCAUCACUGUGGCAUUAACCCUCACCAUGGCUUUGAUUCUGGGGUUGACAAUGCCACGCUGUAGCCUCUGGCUCCGGAAGAACUUGCAUACUAAAGAGGCCCUGCCUACUGCACUGCUUGACUGGUCAAAAACACCCCUUGUUUUCCCUCCCAAUACCCUGCUGGAGCCGACACACUCCAUCGUUUUACUGGCAGACCUAGCAAAAGAGCCGGACAGAAUGUCGGAGACAAAGGCAGCGUGUGAUGAAGAGAUGAGUUCACCAGACACAUGAGGGACACCAUGAACCUGCUCAGUGUGAAAACAGCGAAGGAAGUGGUGCUGAAAUAUUCAUGAAAUAAAAAGCCGUUACUUCAACAGCGUUCACGAUGAUGCUAAUCUGAAGGAUCUGUUCAUUAAUUCAAUUCAUUUAACUGAUUCAGAUGAACGAUGGUUUGUAAUAUAAUGUGUAUUUAUUGCCGUGCAUCAUCUCCUGACAUCACUGAGGAACCGAAUGUGGUUUGUGGCAGAGAUUUACAGAAAAGGUUUUGAGGCGCAACAGAAAAGCGUUCACCUGGAGGUCAUGAGUACGAAUCCUGAAUUGCAUGUGCUCUCUGGGUGGGAGGAGCAUGCUCUCUCUCUCUCUCUCUCCUCUGCCAAUCACAGUGACACGAGCCAAUUGGGAGUGUCUGUGAGCUCUUGUAUGCAGAAGAGGGUUGAUAGUGCUUUCCUUGGAAAAGUGCUUAACUUGAUAUUCUGGACCAAAUAAAAGUUUUAUAAGGAUGAACUUUAUAAAGCGUAGAAGAUAUUACACAGUUAUCUGAAGAUAUGAAAUUUAUCUUCAAGUGGUGAAUGUAUAUUUCAUGAGUGAGUGAGGCAAAUGAGUAGAUAAACUUCAUAUCUUCGCGACACCGUGUAAUGUUCUUUAUAUUAUAUGGACACAUCUGCACGCGCGCACGUGCGCGCACACACACACACACAAAUGCAAGUGAAUCAAAAGAAUUUUAAUUUUGAACCGGUUCGCCAUUUUGACAAGGCGCGUCCCGUCAGCAGGAAAACACUGGGAGUGAUGUCAUCGGAGUGAAAUAUCAGGAAUUAUUCUACCCACAUUCACUGGAUAUGAGCAAUGGUGCACUCUGAUUGGCUGCUCUACUACUAGGAUAUCAGCUUAUAUACCGUUAGUAGAGAAAAACAAAAUGGCGGAGCGUGUUACUGAACCAACCGAGCACGAAAUAAAAACUCUACUCGAAAACAAAACUCCAAAAAAUACAAAAAAAGGCAACAAAAUGUGGAAUGAAAGUAUUUGAUGGUAAAAACAUAUCUUUUUUAUUUUUCAAGAAUUAUUUAUUAUUAUUAUUAUUAUUAUUAUUAUU